UUUUGACGCAGCACGUUCCUGGAUUUUAAAUUGACAAUCGUUUUAUUAAAGCAGUAUCUCACAGGUUCAAAUAUACAUGAACUGUGAAUAUUUAAAAAAAAAAUAUGGGUAUAAGUAUCCAGGUGUUUCGUAUAAGGACAUUAUCAUCCGAAUUAUGGAAACCUGACUUUAACUAAUUGGACUCAUAUAAUCUGACUGCAACUAUAAAUGGGAAGCGGAGCAUCGUCGCAGGCGUUUCAACCUGUAGUCGUCAAACAUGAUAGACCCAGUGAUAAUGAACAACUAAAAAGCUGUUUGAAAAAUGCGUUAGGGGACAAAAAGAUAGCCAUACUUGGACUAGGCGACAGAGGCAAGGAUUGGAUAAAAGAUGCCAAAUGUAAAGAUCAACAAAUUGUCAUGGUUGACUGCAAAGCAUUGUAUGAUGAACAGAUGAAGAGUCCAAAAGUGAAACAUAUUCAUCCAGAUUUGUCUGACCAGGGCGAUAUUGAAGAUAGACUAUAUAAAUUGCAAAAGAGAAUUGGACAUUCUCCAUCUCUACAGAUAGAGACGUUUGAAAACUGGGGAGAGACACAAGCUAUUCAAGUUAUUUCUUCCUCUCCCACUACAAAAGAAGAACUGCAGAAGUUAGUUUUAGCAGCGUCUGAAGAAGGUUUGCGUGUAAGGUGUGCUGGAACUGGACACAGCUGGGCACCCCUUUUUGCAGAUAGCAAGCAAUUGCUUAUUUAUGUUAAAGAUAUGAAAAGCGACUACAAAAAUGGUUCCAGAAUAAGAAUAUCUAAUCGCAAAAAACGUGAAGUGGACAUCAUGACUGGAGUGACGACUGGGGACUUUAAGAAGUUUCAAAUAAAAAACAAAUUGCAUAUUCCUGCUAAUGUUAUUUUAGAUGUUGUUCAGAUGGUUAGUGUUGUAGCAACAGGUUGUCAUGGGGUAGGACAGGAUGCAAACGCACCAAGUGACAACGUUGUGAAAAUGCGCAUAAUCGGAAGUGACGGAAAACUGCGCACCUAUACAUCUGACGACAAAGAAAUGCUGAGGGCGAUAAGUGCAAACUUCGGAUGUUUUGGAGUUAUAUUUGAUAUGACAAUAAAACUCAUUCCUGAGGUUAUCGUCAAAGUAGAAAAUCGAUACAUGGAUUUAGAUGAUUUAUUUUUCAAUGCAGAAAAUAUACAAAAAUUAUUUGAGGAAAACUGGUCGAUUGAAAUUUUUUGGUUUCCUUACAACUCACUAAGCCUGUUUGACUAUAAUCCAAAAAAUGAUGACAUCUGGAUCCGUGUCAUUAACAAAGAAACGAAGAAAGUCAAAAAGGCAACUCAAACCUAUUAUGACUGGAAAGAAGUCAAAGAUUAUUUGACAGGGGAAGCAUUGGCAAUCAUGUCACCGAUCAUAGCUGGAAACCCUUCGUUGACUCCACUGUAUGCAUGGUCUACGUUUUGCGGGAUAAAGAACAUCAUUUACCCGAGCGGUACCCAGUAUCAGGAACUUCCACAUGCUGUCCAUUUUAGACAAUACAUUGAGAAGGCUCCUGUAUAUGACAUGGAAUUUGCCUUCGAUUUGAAAGGAGAUUUUCAUCGACUCUUGAAGAUAAUUCAAGUAGUUGUGAACAAAGUAGAUCAUUACGAGGAAAAAGAUGAGUAUCCAUUGAACAUUGCUCUGGAAAUGCGCAUGAUGGGUCACAGUGACACUCUUCUUUGUCCUGGUAUUAUCGGAAAUCCUGCCUUUGGCGGAUCUGGUCACGUGGUGUAUAUAGAAAUUAUAAGUGUCGUCGACACAAAAGGAUGGGAAAAGUUUUGCAUUGACGUAGGAAGAGAAUGGAUGGCUUUAGAUGGUGUUCCACAUUUAGCUAAGCAGUGGGAUUUUCUACCCGGUAUUGAGGAACACAUUUACAAGCAUAUGGGACAACAUAUCAACACAUUUAAAAAGCAACUAAACAUGUCUGGUGCUGAUCCAAAUGAAAUGUUUCCAAACAAAAGCCUGCAAAAGCUAUUACGACUAUAA